UAAUAAUAUUAAAAAAUCCUUUGAAAGCUCUCAUGGUUGGAGGAGACCAGAAUGGAAAUGUAUUCUCUUCCCGCCGUAAUAGUAAUCCACUGAGCAACCCCCGCGGCGGACGUGGAUUCUUCGAUAUCACAGGGUCUUAGGGUUCUCUAAUGGCGGAAUUUUCUUCAAAAGAGGAGCUCGUCCGGCUAAUCAAGAGGCUCGGGAGUAAUCUAAGUGUUAAACUCUCCACUUUAUUCUCGAUAUUGUUUCAAACUCGGAAUUUCCGAUCUCUUAGUGCUAUUGCGGGUUUGGCUCUUGCUGUCAUAUUCUCAUGGAAACUGUUAAGACCACCUAGUGGACAUCGCAGAAGACAACCAAAAAGGCAAACUUCUUCAGCAGGCAACUCUGACAUCAGCACAAGUUCAAAUUCACAAUUGAUUACUUCUGCAGUUUUUUCUCCUUCAGAUGACGCAGGUGCACAGAAGCCAACUUUGGAGCAAAUUGUUAGACAAAAGCUUGGUGGUGGAAGAAAGGUAACUUGUCGUCUGCUUGGAAUAAUUUUGGAGGAAAAAAGUCCAGAAGAGCUGCAGGCUGUGAAUCAAGCAACUGUAAGGUCCUCUGUCGUGGAUGUGCUUUUAGAGAUCACAAAUUAUUGUGAUCUCUAUUUGAUGGAAAGAGUUCUUGAUGAGGAAAGCGAGAGAAAGGUUAUUGUGGCUCUAGAAGAUGCUGGUGUUUUCGCAUCAGGUGGCUUGAUCAAGGAAAAGGUUCUCUUCUGUAGUACAGAAAAUGGGAGGACGUCUUUUGUUCGGCAACUGGAACCUGAUUGGCAUAUCGACUCAGAUCCUGAAAUCAUAUCUCAAUUAGCGAGAUUCAUCAAGUGUCAGCUUCACGUAUCUGAAGUGAAGCCCGAGAGGAUGGCCUCUAAUGUUUUCACGUCGGCAUCACUGGAGCACUUCUUUCAAUGCACAUGACAGACAGAGACCGCCAGAAAGUGUACAUCUUUCAGGAAAAAAUAAAUGCUGGGUUUUGUUCAAUAGCUUUAUGAAUAGCAAAUUGGAUGAAUGAUAUCAACAAAGAUGAGUUCUCCUCCCCAAUGUCCCCAUCCCUAGGAAUGACCCAUUACCCUUUCUCGUGCGUUUCUCCACUUCAUUUUUCCUUCUUAAUUCUGGGUUGUAAUAAGUACAUUGGAGAACAUUUCACUGUAGGUUUAUUUAUUUAUUUCUUUGUAGAAUGUAAGCGACAAUCGGGAAAGGGGAAAGGGGAAAGGGGAUAGGCCGCAUAGACAUUUCUUCAAAAUACUCUUUUGAGCUCUCACAACUCUCAUCAAUAAAAUCAUAUUUCUGAUUUUAAAA